AUGGCGUCCUCCGAUGUCUUGUCGCAGACUCUCUUCACCAUCACGAACGUGAAGCUCGACCAGCUUGACAAGCAGAAGGCCGCCUAUGAGUCGAGCAAGCGGGCUCUUCUGGAUGAGGCGGCCUCCGAGGGGAACGACCGCACGCGCGCACAGCUCUUCAUCGAAAAGGCCAAGACACUGCCCGCCAUGUCCAAGAUCGGCAAUGGCAGCCUCAUCUCCAUCGACAACCUCAAGCGCUUCGUCCAGCAGUCCGAGUACGACCCCUGCAUAUCAGCAAGCUUCAUCCGCGACUGCGAGAAGGCCGUAUCGCAGGAACUCGACGUGGAAUCCGCAAAGUACCGUUUCGCAGAGUUGUACGGGAAGCUUGUGAACGAAUGGAUCUCCGCUGGCAAGAGCGACGAUCAGAACUCGGAGUCAGGAUUCGUCCCGGUGGGAAGGCAGGAGAUGCACGAGCAGCGGGCGACGUGGGAGGGUUAUGUUUUCCACGCCAAGGAGACGGACGGCGACGCCAUCAAGGAGUACCUGGAACGGCUCUUCUGCUCGUCGUCCAAGGACGUGAAGCGGGCUUUCGUCGACUUGAGGCUUGAUGUGGUGAAGUUCCAGAAGUGGUGGGACGAGCAGACGCAUUUCAACGAGGAUUCGCUGGGCAAUACGAUCCGCGGCCUGUUGCGGACCGACACCCUGACGGACCAGAAGAGGACGAUCUUGAACGACUUCCUCAACAACAAGGUUGUCCUUCGAGAAAUUGCGGACGUGCUGAACAUGCGGAUGCAGACACGGCAGAAAUGGUCCUGGGACGGCGAGAGCACCAUCGACCAGCGACGGCAGCUCAACGGGCGCUACCGCUUCUACCCCGACGACGACCUCCUGCAGUCCAUCUUCAUCCAUCACAUCGGCACUCAGUGGGGCGUCAAGAUGCGCAGUCUCCUUUUCGCCUUCACGGAUCGCCCCGGUGUUGAGAAGAGCGUCGCGACCCCCAUGACCAAGGAAGACGUCCGCCGGCGGCGGUACUUCCUCAACAUGGGCGGCGGCGCGCAGAUCGAGUACGACGACUCGGUGGAGAAGAAACUGGCGAGGCACUUCAAGGACGAGAUCUUCCUGGACCAGCUGCCGCAGACCGCCGACGAGAAACGGGGCGGGUACAACGGCGACGACGGCCUGGAGGACGACAGCCGCAAGGCCCACAUCGCCAUUGUCCAGAACCUACUACACCUCAUCCAGUCCGAGAUCAUCAUCAGCCAGCGCCUCGGCAACGACAUGACCGUCAUCCGCUCCGACUUCAAGUGGUUCGGCCCGAGCGUGCCGCACUCGUCCAUCUUCGCCGUCCUCGAGUUCUUCGGCGUCCGCCCCGACUGGAUCGACCUCUUCCGCCGCAUCCUCGAGUGCCCCCUCCGCUUCAAGCAGGACCCGCCCGACGCCCCGGCCCAGAUCCGCAAGAGGGGCACCCCCCUCAGCACGCCCCUCGCCGACUUCUUCGCCGAGACCAUGCUGUUCUGCAUGGACUUCGCCGUCAACCAGAGCGGCGACGGCUGCCGCCUGUACCGCCUGCACGACGACAUGUGGCUCUGGGGCGGGCAGGAGACGUGCGCGCGGGCGUGGAGGACGAUGGUCGAGUUCGCGGGCAUCACGGGGCUGGAGUUCAACGAGAGCAAGACGGGGAGCGUCAGGAUCGGGGGCGAGGCCGGCAAGAGCAACAGCGGCGGCGAAAGCGAACGGGAGGCGGCGGUCGAGGGCCUGCCCUGGGGCGACGUGACGUGGGGAUUCCUCAAGCUCGACCGGGCGUCCGGGCGCUUCCUCAUCGACCAGAGCAAGAUCGACGCGCACAUUGACGAGCUCCGCCUGCAGCUGGAGGCGUGCGGCAGCGUCUUCGACUGGAUCCAGGCGUGGAACAUUUACGGCGCGCGCUUCUUCGGGACCAACUGCGGCCAGCUCGCCAACUGCUACUCCCGCGCCCACGUGGACAGCACGCUCGCGACGUUCCACCGCAUACAGCAGCGCCUGUUCGGCCGGGACGGCGGCGGGGUCGCGAGGCACCUGGAGCGCGUGGUGGCCGAGAGGUUCCAUAUGCACGUCCCGGACGGGUACCUCUACCUCCCCGCGUCCCUGGGCGGCCUGGGGGUGCAGAACCCCUUUAUCCACCUGUACCUCAUCCGCGAGGGCGUCGAGGAGGACCCGAACGAGAUCAUGGACAAGUUCCUGGAGGAGGAGGAGGCCGAGUACCGCAGCUUCAAGGCGCGGUACGAGGAGGCGGACCCGGUGGACUUUGCCCGGCGGUCCUCGUGGGGGUCGGUCGACUGCGCGGACCUGCGGGACGAGCCCUUCAUGAGCUUCGACGAGUUCACGCGGCACCGGCGGCGGACGUCGGCGGGGCUGGGCCGGGUGCUCGACAAGCUGCGACAGCUGCCGGAGCCCAAGCCGAUCGAGCUCACGGGGGACGUGGAGGCGGCGCUGGGGUCGGCGCCGGAGGGCUGGUACGGCCUCAGCGGGUACGAGCAGUGGGUGUGCGGGCUCUACGCCAAGGACAUGAUUUCGAGGUUCGGCAGUCUGGUGAUUGUGGACAAGGGCCUCCUGCCUACGGGGUUGCUGGACAUGUUGAGGCAGAGUCGAUUCAAGUGGCGCGGCUGA